ACAGAGCGGGGGGAAGAGAGCACAGUGUCCGCGGCGCCCCUCCCCCCCGCGCGCUCAGUGGACGGUGCGGAGCGGACCCACGGCCCCGCGGCUCCCCCGGGGGUCAAGUGAGGACGUUGACUGCCCAUGGAAGCACUCUGAGGUCCAAGCAGUGCAAGUGGUCGCGGAGGAGCCAGAGCACAAAGAUUACGUGUUGUCACGGAUGAACACAGCGACUCCAUCAGCUGGCUGCACACUAGAUUCGAGGACUCGGCUUUCAGGUGUUGGCAAAUGGUCAUCUGGGGCUCCCAGGCUGCAUGGGAGCGAGCCGUGCUCCUGGUAAAUGGAAGAGAUCCAUGCCGUAGCUGCUUUCUCCAGGGAGAAAUUGCCGUCUCCUGCAACCUGCUGUAGAUCUGCAGAGAAUCUAGGAAACACGGGCAGGAUCAGUUCAGCUUUUGCUGCCAAAACAAGUCUGGACCGGCAGAGGAGAAACAGCCCAGCCGUGAUGAGAGAGACUGACAUUUAUUCAAGUAUCUUCCAGCUCGUUGUCAACGAUGGCUGUCACUUCUGCAUACUCGUUGGAUGGUGAUGCAGCAUGUCAAGAGCAAUGGUACAGGUUGCCUUGAUGCCAUUGUGCAUGUUUUGUUCUCCUUGGGACUUCAUAUUGCCAUGACAACACAGUGACACCACUAGGAACAGCCAGCUAACGGAGAUCAAGAGGGAAGUUCAAUGACUGUUCCUAAUAGGAUCCAAGGUUGCAUUUGCAACAAAAGGGCCCUGAGCAGCCAUCUCCACAGCGAGAAGAUGAAAUUUCCAUUCUAUUGGCCCUUUAUCAAGAAGGCACAAUAACAUUUCCUUCUAAAGACUUGCUAAUAAAAACUGUUUUGGUUAUGGCUACUGAUCCAACGUGAUUGAGCGUCCACCGACUCUCGGACUCAUGACUGGAUAUACGAUGUUGCGAAAUGGGGGAGUGGGGAAUGGAGGCCAACCCUGGAUGUUACGAUGGUCCAGUCGGAUCCGGCUCACCUGGCUUAGCUUCACCCUGUUCGUCAUCCUCGUCUUCUUCCCCCUUAUUGCCCACUACUACCUAACCACCAUUGACGACGCAGAUGAUGCCGGCAAGCGCAUCUUUGGCCCCCGCACGGGCAAUGAGCUGUGCGAGGUGAAGCAUGUCCAGGACCUGUGCCGCAUCCGCGAGUCGGUCAGCGAGGAGCUGCUCCAGCUGGAAGCCAAGCGGCAGGAGCUCAACAGCGAGAUCGCCAAGUUGAACCUGAAGAUCGAAGCCUGCAAGAAGAGCAUUGAAAACGCCAAGCAGGAUCUCCUGCAGCUGAAGAAUGUCAUCAGCCAGACGGAGCAUUCCUACAAAGAACUGAUGGCUCAAAACCAGCCAAAGCUCUCCUUGCCAAUCCGGCUGCUGCCAGACAAAGAUGACGCUAACUUCCCUUUGCCAAAAUCCAGCAGGAACUGUAGACUGCACAACUGCUUUGACUAUUCACGCUGCCCGCUGACAUCUGGCUUCCCUGUGUACGUCUACAACAGUGACCAUUACCCUUUCGGAAACUCCUUAGACCCUUUAAUUAAGCAGGCCUUUGAGGCGACGGUCAGAACUAAUGUUUAUGUGACUGAAAAUGCAAACAUUGCUUGUGUGUAUAUAGUCUUAGUGGGGGAGCUACAGGAGCCCAUAAUGCCAAAACCUACUGAACUAGAGCAACAGUUGCACUCUUUGCCAUAUUGGAGGACUGAUGGACACAACCAUCUGAUCAUUAAUUUAUCAAGAAAGUCGGAAACACAGAACUUUAUCUAUAACAUUAGCACAGGGCGUGCCAUGAUUGCCCAGUCCACCUUCUACGACGGACAGUAUCGGCCAGGGUUUGAUAUCGUGGUAUCGCCUUUGGUCCAUGCAAUGUCUGAACCCAACUUCUUAGAGAUCCCACCCCAGGUGCCAGUCAAGCGAAAGUACCUGUUCAGUUUCCAAGGAGAGAAAAUUGAAUCUCUCAGAUCCAGCUUGCAAGAGGUUCGCUCGUUUGAGGAGGAAAUCGAAGGCAAUGCCCCAGCUGACUAUGACGAUCGGAUCAUUACCACCUUGAAGGCUGUCCAGGACAGCAAAUUGGACUUUGUCUUGGUGGAAUUCACCUGUAAGAACCAGCCUAAGGCAAGUCUGCCCACUGAGUGGGCUCUUUGUGGAGAAAGGGAUGACAGGCUCGAGCUACUGAAGCUAUCUACUUUUGCACUGAUAAUCACCCCGGGGGACACUCAUCUGGUGAUCUCUGCUGGGUGUGCCAUGAGACUCUUUGAGGCUCUGGAAGUCGGAGCCAUCCCAGUGAUUCUUGGAGAGCAAGUUCAGCUGCCCUAUAACGAUGUGAUCCGGUGGAACGAGGCAGCCUUAAUAAUACCAAAGCCACGUAUCACAGAAGUGCACUUUCUUUUGAGAAGCAUUUCUGAUAAUGAUCUCCUUGCCAUGAGGAGGCAGGGCCGUUUCUUGUGGGAGACCUACUUCUCCACCUCUGAUAACGUGUUCAGCACAGUCUUGGCCAUCAUAAGGACUCGAAUCCAAAUCCCAGCAGCUCCUAUUCGAGAAGAAACUGCAGUGGAAAUCCCACACCGGUCUGGCAAAGCUGCCGGUACGGACCCCAACAUGGCAGACAAUGGAGACUUGGACCUGGGGCCUGUGGAAACCGAACCACCCUAUGCGUCUCCCAAAUACCUUCGCAACUUUACCCUCACAGCAAUGGAUGUCUACAGGAAUUGGAAUUCAGCUCCGGGACCUUUCCACCUCUUCCCCUACACGCCCUUCGACCCUGUUUUACCUUCAGAAGCUAAAUUUCUAGGGUCUGGAACUGGAUUUCGACCGAUCGGAGGAGGAGCAGGUGGUUCUGGGAAAGAGUUCCAGGCUGCGUUGGGCGGCAAUGUCCCCCGGGAGCAGUUCACGGUAGUCAUGUUAACCUAUGAGCGAGAGGAAGUCUUAAUGAACUCCCUAGAGAGGCUCAAUGGACUCCCUUACUUAAAUAAAGUGGUGGUAGUGUGGAACUCUCCCAAGCUCCCUUCUGAAGACCUGUUGUGGCCAGACAUUGGCGUCCCGAUCAUGGUCGUCCGCACGGAGAAGAACAGCCUGAACAACCGGUUCCUGCCUUGGGACGAGAUCGAGACGGAGGCCAUUCUCUCUAUAGAUGACGAUGCCCACCUUCGCCACGAUGAGAUCAUGUUCGGGUUCCGAGUCUGGAGAGAGGCGAGGGACCGUAUCGUUGGAUUCCCCGGACGGUACCACGCGUGGGACAUCCCCCAUCAGUCCUGGCUCUAUAACUCUAACUACUCGUGUGAACUGUCCAUGGUGCUCACUGGUGCUGCCUUCUUUCACAAGUACUACGCAUACCUGUACUCCUACGUGAUGCCCCAGGCCAUCCGCGACAUGGUAGACGAAUACAUCAACUGUGAGGAUAUCGCUAUGAACUUCCUCGUCUCUCAUAUCACCAGGAAACCACCCAUCAAGGUGACCUCGCGCUGGACUUUCCGCUGCCCGGGCUGCCCCCAGGCCCUUUCACACGACGACUCUCACUUCCAUGAGCGGCACAAGUGCAUCAACUUCUUCGUCAAGGUGUAUGGGUACAUGCCUCUGCUCUACACCCAGUUCCGCGUGGACUCGGUCCUCUUCAAGACCCGCCUGCCCCACGACAAGACUAAGUGUUUUAAGUUCAUCUAGGAAGGAGGGGAGCCAGGCGGUCAGGUGCCCUCGGCACGCUGGACUGUGGCGAGCAGCUGGCAGACGACGGUCUGACAGGUUCCCGGGGAGCGAUGCCCCCCGCGUUGACGGUGGCCUUCCCCCUGAGUGACAGGAAGAUCCUGGAUCCCGAUAGGCGCAUUCACUUCCCAUGGUGACGCCUUCACGCGAGACAGAUCCCAACCACAUCCUGUGUAAAGACGCUUCCUAGCGUCAGACACUGAGGAAAUGGAGACUUUGGUUAGCGGCUCAGCUAGUGCGGUAGCCAAGGGCCACCA